UCGCACUAGAACGGCCGGGUCGUUCCGAGACUGCGGGGUUCCGGGCGCGGCAGCGUCAAGAUGGCGGCGGCGGCAGUGGCAGCUGCGGCGGCCGCGGCUGCGGCUGCAUCGCUUCAGGUGCUGGAGAUGGAGAGCAUGGAGACGGCUGCCGCCGGCUCGGCGGGCCUGGCAGCCGAAGUCAGAGGCAGCGGCACCGUAGACUUCGGGCCUGGGCCCGGGAUAUCUUCAAUGGAUGCGAGUGGGGGAGAUCCGGGCCCAGAGGCCGAGGAUUUCGAGUGCAGCUCUCACUGCUCGGAGCUGUCCUGGCGGCAGAACGAGCAGCGGCGACAGGGCCUCUUCUGCGACAUUACCUUGUGUUUCGGUGGUGCCGGAGGCCGUGAGUUCCGGGCCCACCGCUCGGUGCUGGCCGCCGCCACCGAGUACUUCACGCCCCUGCUCUCUGGCCAGUUUUCCGAGUCCCGCUCGGGCCGCGUAGAGAUGCGCAAGUGGAGCUCGGAGCCGGGGCCCGAACCCGACACGGUAGAAGCCGUUAUCGAGUACAUGUACACGGGGCGGAUUCGUGUCAGCACAGGCAGUGUGCACGAGGUGCUGGAGCUAGCCGACAGAUUCCUAUUAAUUCGUUUAAAGGAAUUUUGUGGAGAAUUUCUCAAGAAAAAACUUCAUCUCUCUAAUUGUGUGGCCAUUCAUAGCUUAGCUCACAUGUAUACCCUGAGCCAACUUGCUCUGAAAGCUGCAGAUAUGAUACGGAGAAAUUUCCACAAAGUAAUUCAGGAUGAAGAAUUUUAUACUUUACCUUUCCAUCUUAUUCGAGACUGGCUUUCAGACUUGGAAAUUACGGUUGAUUCUGAAGAGGUUCUCUUUGAAACGGUUUUGAAGUGGGUUCAGAGAAAUGCUGAAGAAAGAGAGAGAUACUUUGAAGAACUUUUUAAAUUGCUCAGGUUGUCGCAGAUGAAACCUACUUACCUUACUCGGCAUGUCAAACCAGAGAGGCUGGUGGCCAAUAACGAAGUUUGUGUCAAGUUGGUGGCCGAUGCGGUGGAGAGGCAUGCUUUGAGAGCUGAGAACAUACAGUCUGGCACAUUCCAACAUCCCGCUUCUCAUGUCUCAUUAUUACCUCGCUAUGGGCAAAAUAUGGAUGUGAUCAUGGUUAUUGGAGGCGUGUCAGAGGGAGGGGACUAUUUAAGUGAAUGCGUGGGAUAUUUUGUUGAUGAGGACAGAUGGGUAAACCUGCCCCACAUUCAUAACCAUCUUGAUGGACAUGCGGUUGCAGUAACAGAAUCCUAUGUGUAUGUUGCUGGAUCAAUGGAACCAGGGUUUGCUAAAACUGUAGAAAGGUAUAACCCAAAUUUGAAUACGUGGGAACAUGUUUGUAGUCUGAUGACAAGAAAGCAUUCUUUUGGGCUAACAGAAGUCAAAGGGAAACUCUACAGUAUUGGAGGACAUGGCAACUUUAGUCCUGGCUUUAAAGAUGUGACUGUUUAUAAUCCUGAGCUUGAUAAAUGGCACAACCUGGAAUCGGCACCAAAGAUACUUCGAGAUGUCAAAGCGCUAGCCAUUGAAGACCGGUUUUGUACAUUGCUAGCCCGCACUCCUGUGGACCGUGACACUGAAGAUGGAUUAAAGGCUGUAAUUACUUGUUAUGAUACAGAGACUCGACAGUGGCAGGAUGUAGUAUCUUUGCCACUUAUUGACAAUUACUGCUUUUUCCAGAUGUCUGUAGUCCAUUCUAACUUCUAUCAGACAGCGUCCUGCUGCCCCAAGAGUUACUCCUUAGAAAAUGAAGAGGCAGUAAGAAAAAUUGCCAACCAAGUUUCUGAUGAGAUCCUUGAAAGCUUGCCUCCGGAAGUUCUCAGCAUUGAAGGAGCAGCCAUUUGCUAUUACAAAGAUGAUGUUUUCAUUAUUGGAGGUUGGAAAAACAGUGAUGAUAUUGACAAGCAGUAUCGUAAAGAAGCCUACCGGUACUGUGCUGAGAGGAAGAGGUGGAUGCUCCUUCCUCCCAUGCCACAACCUCGUUGUAGAGCCACUGCUUGCCAUGUGCGAAUCCCAUACCGGUACUUGCACGGCUCACAGAGAUAUCCUAUGCCUCAAAACUUAAUGUGGCAGAAGGACCGGAUCAGACAGAUGCAAGAAAUACAUCGGCAUGCCCUAAACAUGCGGCGAGUGCCAAGCUCUCAGAUUGAAUGCUAGGUUCUCCAAACAGUUAUACCUGUUUCUUGAAGCUAAGAUAUCCAGACUGUUACUGGAAAAAGUAUGUUGAUAACUUAUUUUCUACCUGAACUGAUUAUUAUCCCAUAUAGAGGAAAUAUAGUAAAAAACUGAAGAAUGGGAAACUCAGUUCAGUUCAUGGUAAUUGUUGUUAGCUUGCAGUCUUUAUCUGUCUUUGUGUGAAUGUGCUAGCUAAAUUUAAGAUCUUAUUAAAGACAAGUGGAAAAAUCAGGUGUAGUACUUGGCUGUUUUUCCGCCAACAAGUUAUAGCUCCUUUGUCUUAGGGACAUAUGUUUUGAACCUGCUUUAAACACCAGUUUUAUUUGCACAUUUACUUGGAUAUUCUUUUUCAUUUUUUCCUGAAUGUUUGAUUUGACAAGAUCAGAAUUUAUGCAACGAGCGUGCUUCUUUAGGAGCAGUGUGCAAUAGUGAGACUGAAAUGUGAAAGAAAAAGCACAGUUUUUCGGCAAGAUUAUUUCAGAAUGUUUGCAUUGAUAUUUUGUUGUAUGUUUUUAUCUAGAAAUGCAAUUGGGUUUAUUUCUAGAAGAGAUAACUGAUGAGAAAUUUGUGAUUGGCUCACGCAUCUGGGGGAUAUUUUUCAUUUUUUUACCAGCUGCAUUAUAGACUUCAAGCCAUCAUUCUCAGUUGAUGGUAGUUGGCAAAAGUAUUGAUCUUUUUUUUUAGCUGAUUGAUUGAAAAUGGGAGGUUAUGUAUGUGACAUUUGUUUCUCUAAGAAGAAAGAAGUGUAAACUGAGAAAGAUAUUUAAAAAUUUUAAAACACUUUUUUUCAGAAGUUGCAGGUAUAUUUGAGGAGAAGUCAAUGAGUGUAAAUAAUGCCUAUGACAAUCAACACUCAAGGCCUUCAACUUUAAUUUUUGCCCUGAUGCGUAAUGGAUAGACUCAUCAUUCCUUUCUAAAAGAAACUUUCUUUUUAGAAAUGAGAAGGAGGUAACAUUUUAGAGAAAUGUUGCUACUAAAGAGAAGCCUCAUUAUACCUUGUCCCUGAUUGUUAUAAUAUUUUAUUCAGUUGCCCUAGACUUUUAUUGGAACUUUGCCUGAACCCAGAAUACCAAAUUUAGGUUCAUAAAGGUGCGUAGUUUUGGCUCUUAAAAUUUAUCACUGUAGUUAUCAGCAUUCUUCUGAUUCGCUUACGCAUUCCCAAGUUUUAUACAAAUCAGCACCCAGGUUGGCUCUUUUCCAGUUAACAUAAUGGCUUUUUAAUGAGCGGGAAGAGGCCCUGCUCUUAUGCUUUGCAGUGUGAGUCCAGUGUGGUUCUUGUUUCUUACGGAAUAUCUUUACCCUCUUAGACAUUCUGGCAUAACAUUAUAGAAGCUGAAUUCCACGUGCAGUGAUUUUUUUUUUCUAGUCCAUUAUAGUUAAAGCCAACCUUCUUGUUAGUUGCGUAAUCAGACAUCCACAGGAAAAAGCACAACGGGAAAUUUUGGCUCUUCCUUUACCACAAGACUUAAUUUUUGAGCCCUUGGACCCUAUACUAAUAACUCUUCUGAAAUUUCUAUAUUAUCCCUGCCUAGAAAAAGAUUUUUCAAUAAAUAUUUUAGAAAUUUGCUUUAAAACCAUUCACUUUAAACUGGAAGAGGGGUGGGGAGCUGCAAGUCAAUUCCUAUGUGAGGGUUUGUUAUCCUAACCCACCUCACCUUGUUUUCUUUCUUUUCAUUUACUUGUGGUUAUUUAAAUAAAAGCCAUUUGGAUUCUGACAAGUGCUAAUUCAGCUUUUUUAGUUGUGAGGUAUCUAUACAAAUAAGACAGAAAAGUUCAUUGAAUGAAGGAAGUUCUUACUUCUUUCUGAUAGACUCGAAUAGCAAACUUGCUUUUCCUAGUCAUGUUGAAAUUAUUUAGUUACCUCACUAGGAGGCCAGUUUCUCUCAAGGUUAAGAAGUAAGCAAGUUUUUUUUUGUCUCAGAGUUGUCUUCUGAGACAGUCAUUACCAGGUUAUUUGUAGGGUUGUCUGUUUUUCACAUGAUGUGGCAGAAAUUAUAACUCAGAGGAUUUGGGUAUAAUCUGGUUUUGAAAACUUAAUUGAAACUUGUUUUUUAACUCAGCAGGCAGCCUAGGCCAUGACUGAAAAGAAGGGGUAAGUCCUUCAUUGCAUGAUAAUGUGUGCAGGUUUUCCUGACUACUGAAUUUCUAAUUUUCAUAUUUGAAUUCACAUGUGUGAUUUCACAUCAAUAACUGGUGUUUCUGAAAUAUCUUAACUAACUUGGUGAUGAGGAAAGAAACCAGAUUUGCUUAAAUCUGUUCAAGGCUGACAUUCUGAAAUUCUAAGCUCUAAGCUUCCUACAUUAUUUGGAAAGGUUCUAAUUAUGAUGACCAAGACCUAAAAUGGCAUUUGGGGAAAGCAAUUUCCUUUCUGUUGAAAACUUGAAAGAUUGUGUUUGGUAAUUUGGGCAGUAAAACCAUGGCUUUAAAAAGAGAGCUUAAUGUACAUUCAAGCAAACCUUUUUGUUUUGUUUUACUGCUUUUGUUUUUGUUUUGUGGAAGGAAGAGAGAGGAAUUGAUUACACCAAUAACUUGGAGUGAGGCCUCUUAUAUCUUAGAAUGGGUAUCCUUUAAUCACCAUGGUUAAAAAGAAAACAACCCAUGGUAUAUAUUGAGAAUGUCAGUCCUGAGCUUCAUGUUUAAUACAUCUCCCUUGCAGUUGUUUGCAUGAUUAGGCUUGUGUAUCUUGAUAUUCAUCUUUGCUUUUGCUGUGCCAAUUAAAAAGUAAUUUUUUGACUAAUCUUAAAAUUCAUUGACAUCAAUUUUGUUUUGAUCACCUGGUUUUGUAUAGUAAUUCUGGGACCAAGAACUUUUUAAAUUACUGACCUUUUUAAUAUAGAACAGGAGUUUGAAGCUGAAGAGUAUACAUGGAAAAUUUGUGUGCUUUUAUUUUUUAUACCAUUCAGGCUGCUGAUCAGGCAGUUUCUAGAGUACACCUUUUUUUCCCCUUUAUGUUUAUCUCUUAACUAAAUAGUUUAGCAUGUGAUAUGUUUAAAAUACUUCAUUCUCUGCUUUAUAAUUCUAGUAUCAACACAAUACUAUAGGUAGAGUGAGCUUAAUUGUUUAGUUACGUGGUCCAAUCAAGCAUAACUAAAGGACUUUUUCAUACUUUCCUCAAAUUAAACGUAAAUUAAAAGGGUAUAUUGGCCACACUUUAUGUAUCUGAACAUAUACAGAACUGUGAAGCAAGUUCUCUGCCUACGCUAGACAAAUAGGGUGCUUAUAGUUUGCUAUUUAACUGUAGAAUAUUUGAAAAACAAUUCAGUCUUUUUUUUUAAAAACUCAAAAAUUUUGGCACAGUUCACCACUCCAGUUAUUACUUUCUUGAGAAUAGUCCAUUUUUGUGUUAUAGUGUUUACAUUAAAAUAUAUGUUCUGGUCUUUGGAAACAAAACAACUCAUAGUUGAGUGAUGUAAUACAAUAACUAACAUAAUAUAGUAGUCAUUUUGCUUCAAGGAAUUUAAUUAAAUAGCCUAAAAAUUACUGCUCUGUGUUGAUAACCUUUGUAGGGCUUCCGUCUUAUUUAUAUGCUCAAUACUAUGAAUGUUUUACAUUGAAGCACAUACAGUAGAGCACUUGUUAACUGAAUCCUCCUGCACUUGUGAAAAGUAGUGCUUGCUAACUGUUUCUGAUCCAAGUGCUAGGGCUCAUUGAGUUAUUUGUAAAAUAAAUGCUUAGUUUGAGUUGCUGUAGUGAGUUUUGGGGGCAGCAGCAUCCAGGCCCCUCUGUACUGAAAACAGAAUCUUGGCUGUCUCCCUUUAAGUCAGACGAGAUGUUGUAGUUGGGAUACAACAUAUUGUAAAUAGCUUGCUUUAUGUUCCUAAAGCUAUCUUGUUCUGUGUUUACACUACUCAUUUCAAUGUCAGUUUUAAAUAAACAUAUUUCUUUAGA